UUGACCUCUACCCACUCGGCGAAAAAGAAAGCAGGCGAACCAAGAGUGAGAAUGUCGCAGGGUCCCGACGCCCACCGAGAAGCACUCAUCGCCCAGUUCUCCACCAUCACUGGCGCCACACCCGAGCGGGCUCGCUUCUACCUUGAGGCAGCUGCCUGGGACUUUGCCAUGGCCACCAACACGUUCUUCGACGAGGACAGCCACGAGAACGCGGAAGUGCGGGAGAGAGAGCCCGUGGAAGAGACGGGGCAGGGGCCUGGACAAGACGAGUUGGUCCCUGCCGUUCAGGACCCGGAUGAUCUCCCGCCUGUGCCACAGCCUCUUCCUCCAGCCAAAAGAGAACUGGGUACCGCACACUCACCCCAAUUCCAAUCUCUCAGACGUGUGUAUGGGGAUUGUUCACCAAAAAGUGUGAAUCACUCCUCUUCACACGCGUUUGCAUGCAAAGUUCCAGUGCAUCCCUGCAGCACUCUGAUAGCGAGCAUGGCGGACUACCAGAGGAGAAAGAGAGAGGAGGAAGAAGGCCGCGCUGGGAAAGGGAAAGAAGGAGACUCUCAGGAGUUCUUUGCCGGUGGCUCAGAACACAGUGGUCAGAUGAUAUCAGGACCUCCGAGAAAGAAGGUUGACGCCAAGGAGCUGGCGAGCGACGUCUUUGCCGCAGCCAAAAGCCAGGGAGCGAGAAAUGUGGAGGAGGAGGAGAAGGAGAAGGUGAGAGAGAGGGCGAGUGCGUUUCGCGGGGUAGGAUUCAGACUUGGGGACACAGUGGAGCCCAGUGAACAGAUCCAGAGUGGACCGUCUGCCAGGGGCCCUGAAAAGGUGACCCAUACCCUGACAUUCUGGUCAAACGGGUUCUCGGUCGACAACGGACCACUCAGGAAAGGAGACACUCCCGAAGACAAAAUAUUCCUCAAGUCCGUCUCUAAAGGUGAGAUGCCCCAGGAGCUGAUAAGGUCCGCCAGAGGUGGGGAGGUUGACAUCAACAUCGAGGACAAUAGAAACGACGAGUACGUUGCACGGGCUCCGAAACUAGUGGCAUUCUCGGGAGAGGGACACAAGCUGGGAAGUAUUGCUCCGAAUCUUGCCUCCCACUCACUGGUGGCAGAGACCACGCCCACUGCCACGCCCUCCUCCUCCGCCUCCUUGUCUCCCCCGCCCACCGUUCCCCUGGACCCCGCCCAGCCCACCACCUCCAUUCAGAUUCGUCUCUCGGACGGCUCUCGACUGGUGGCCAAGUUUAACCCUUCACACACCGUCAAUGACAUUCGCCAGUUCAUCAAUCUCUCCCGGCCUGCAAUGUCGUCGGCUCACUAUGUGUUGAUGACGACGUUCCCCAACAGAGAGUUGACUGAUUUGAGUCAGAGUUUGGCCGACGCUAAACUUCUCAACGCCGUGGUCGUACAGAGAAUGAAAUAACUGCACACAUCACUAACUCCCAUAGUAACACACUCAUCAGCAACAACCUCUGAUAUUGUACCCACUAAUACUGGCACAAGAUAUUGUUCCUCUGUAUAUAUCAGGACUUGCGUGAUCUCAAGUCAAAUUCUAACGGGGAAACACACAUUUUUUUCCAGCAAAAAGGACGAAAGAUAAUGCAACCUC